AUGCACUUCAUCCCAUUUGGUGCUACGUUGACCAACCUAUUUGUCAAAGACAAGAAUGGAAAGGACGUGGAUGUUGUCCUCGGCUACAACGAUCUGUCAGACCCUCUGGCUCAGUGUACAAUGCGAUUCCAGGAUUGUACUGGCGAAGCCAGCUACACCAUUGACGAUGAGCUCUACUUGACCGAGAGAAACGACAGGGACAACACUCUCCAUAGUGACUCCAACAACUGGUCGUUCCGGGACUGGGAGGUUUCACACUUCACAAAGGACUCCACCUUCUCAAUCCUCGACGCCUCCAAUUCAUCGAAGGGCAUGCUUGGUGACGUCCAUGCUCCGGUGACGUACAGUGUCAAGGGCAGUACCUGGAAGAUUAGCAUGGAGGCCACCUCAUCGGAAGCGAAGACGCCGCUCAUGCUGACGCAGCGCACAUACUUCAACCUGGAUGCGUACAAGAACCCCGACACGGGGAAAAUCUGGAAGCACACAUUGCACAUGCCGUACACGCAAAAGUACUUGGUGGCAGAUGAUUCGGCCGUCCCUACCGGCGAGACCGCUGUCGCCGAGCUGUCAAGUAUCAACGACUUUGCCAGCGAGCCUGACCUCCAGCUUGGACAUGCUUCAGAUGAUCCCGCAUUCCCCGAAAACUGCGGCGCCGGUUGUGCUUGCGAAGGGUACAACGGCUACUGGUUGAUCGUGGACGCGCCAAAGGACGCUGUGGUCAUGUCUCUCGCCAGCCCCUUUUCUGGCAUCAGCGCGGACCUCAAGACGAACCAGCUUGGUAUCGUACUCUACACGUGCAACUGGUUCGAUGGCAGUCAGUCGUUGAAGAGGACCCAGGGCUUGGAGGGCAAGACGACUGUCGACCGCAGCUCGUGCGUCGCCAUUCAGGCUCAUGACCAUGUCAAUGAAAUCAACGAGCCGCAAUGGGGUCGGAAGGAGGCCCAGCUCACAGGCCCAGGGGAGACCUAUAAGUGGGAAAACCACCGAGUUGAGCUUCGCAAACUUGAGCCCGGCCCUCUGGCCCUCGCAACCAUCGAGGCCGUGGCGGAGGCGGCCCUGGACCUCGCCGCGACCGAGUCGAAGGACCUCGUGAUGGUAUCAGAAAGUAUCGCGGACGGCGUGGCUCACGAGAAUGAUAGCGAAUGGGUGCACGACCGCUACGAUGACAACAACGAUUGUACCAUGACCACAGCUUCCAAUCCCUCUGACGGCGUGCUUACAUUUCGCAGACAGUCGCCGCGGCCCAACCACGCGCCGUGCGCGCGACCCUUCCCCGGAAGCGAGCUCUUCCAGAGGAUCGGACCGGUGACGAGGCUCCAGCUCCGCUAUGACCGCGCUGGACGCUCAGAAGGAACGGCCUAUGUGACAUAUGAGCUCAAAGAGGAUGCCUCGGAAGCGGUGAAGCAAUUCGAUGGGGCCAAUGCCAACGGUCAACCCAUCCGCUUAACAAUGCUCGGUGGACGGGGCGAUCGCUCGCGCAACCCCUUCGACUCGGCAGUUAUGCCCGGACGACCCUUGUCGGAGAGGAUCUCCGCCCCAGGUCGUGCUCGCUCACACUCACCAUCGGGUCGAUAUUCUCAAGAGGACGCCGCCCGCAAGGGUAUUGAUAGAUAUAUCCCCGGUGGUAGGUCAAGGACGCCACCCCCUGCUCGACGCCGCGGCGGCGCCAACACCGGACGCCGUCCUGGUGCUCGCCGGGAGCGUGGACCGCAAGACGAUACCCGUGGUGGCCGUAGCGCGCCCCGCGGCAAGAGGACCCAGGAGGAACUCGACGCCGACAUGGCCGACUACUUUGGUGGAGGGGAGCCUGCGCCUGAAGCCAACGGGAACGCUGCUGAAGCGCCAGCUGCUGCGCCAGCCCCGGCCGCGGCUGCGACCGACGACAUUGACAUGAUUGAGUAG